CAACUAUUCAGCUACUGGCCCGUGCUACAGCGGCGCUAAAACAUAUACAAAUACAAAAACAACAAGCAACAGAAAGCUCAGCAAACGCGGUCAAAUUAAAAUUGCAAACUGAUAAGCGCGUUAAAUAAACUCGUUCAGGGCACAAACAACAAUUGUGUUUCGGAAAUAAUAGUAAUCGACAUAAUCUUCAUACUCGGAUCGAUUAUUUGCAUAUAAUCGGCGAUAUUUCAUUUUUCUAAUGAUGAUAUUGUAGUACACACAUAGUGACGCACAUAGCGCUGGCGAGCAUCGAUGGGUGCAGCGCUCGCAGAAGACUACUAGUUGUGCUUGAAGCACACACCAGGGGUCUACACUUGUGAAAUAUAUAAAAGUGUUUAGAAGCUCAUAGCAAAUCAGUAACAGAAUUACCUCUCACAACGCAAGACAGCGCAGAGCCUCGUAGUCUGCAUACCUAAACAAAAUUUAAUAAAUUCUCAAUCACAAACUCAAUUGAAAAACAAAAUGUUCAAAUUGCUACUCAUCGUCACAACACUUUUCGCCUUUGCUUACGCUGCUGGUGAUCCUGCGGAUGCUCACGCCACCAUCCUGAAGUAUGUGAAUGAAGUGAAUCCCGAUGGCAGCUACAAUUACGCGUACGCAACGUCGAAUCGGAUUCAGGCGCAGGAGAGCGGUGUUGGCAGCUCGUAUGCCGCUGGCUCAUACUCGUACAUCUCACCCGAGGGUCAGCCCAUACAAUUGACUUACACAGCCGAUGAAAAUGGUUAUCAACCCAAAGGUGAUCAUUUGCCUACGCCGCCACCAAUUCCAGAUUAUAUUCUGAGAGCGCUUGCUUACAUUGAAGCGCAUCCAUUCGAGAAGAUUCAGCUGAAAGGAAAGUAAAAAAGAAAUAGAAGUAAAUAAGUGGAAUUUUCCGUCUCAUUUGUGUUUCUAGAAAUCGCAUUAGUUUAAGAAAUUAGCAAAUUUUCAUUUACUCACUUUGGACAAAUAUCGCUUAGGCAUCAACAUAUACAUAUGUAUAUACCAUAUACUUUUUAUAACACAUUAAUCACUGUUGAAAAGUUUUUUACUUACAUAUUAACAUAGAUAAUUGUAUUUGUAAAUUGUAAAUAAAAUCAUUACCGUAGAUAAUUAC